UAACGUUAGCUUACAUGUCAACAAACAAUGAAGAAGUGCUUGUAGCAGACAAUCAAGCCGAAAACAAUGUUGCUACUCAAAACAAUCAACAGCAGCAGCAACAGCAACCAAGUCGUAUGGAAAGUUUUUUUGCCAUCACAAAAUCACUUGUUAUUAGGGCUGUUAUAAUUUAUUUCAUCACAUCAUUCUUUCGUCGUCCACAAGCUCAACAACCUCAAAAUGUAAUUCCAGGAUCUCCAGAAGUUCGAGCUUCACCAGCUUGGAAUUAUUUUGAGAGUGGAACUAUGUUUGAUAUUUAUUUUUACGUGUCUGAAGAUUAUGAAUUCAAAAAAUUUAAUGACCCGGCAGCUUUAGUUUGGUUUCAAGAUGGAUUGAUCUAUGGCGAUUGGAAUGGUGGUAAGGAUCAAGAUGGAUCUUACAGUAAAUCAAUGAAGAUUAAAGCAUCUGAUAAGCUUCAAAACAAUGGAACUAUUUACUUGCAUACUUAUGUUGUGAAAACUGGAAGAUCGCCAGAUCCAGCGGCAGGUGAAGAGUAUGCCGGCUUUGAAGUUGCUUACAAUCGACGACAGCUCAAUAAGUUCAAGAAGGUUCGCUAUCAAAAGACACAAAAUCUUUUGACUGGAACAAGCGAGAAAUCAGCAGAAGAAAUUGCUAAAGCUGAGAUAAUGUCGAAAGAAAUUGUCAAUCAUUGGCAUCCAAAUCUGACUGUGAAUAUUGUUGUUGAUCAAACGAAUUGGGUUAAAGGAACAAUUCCUCCUCCAUUAGAUGAAUACGUGACUUUCCUUCCCACUGGACAUUCCUAUCUUCCUAUUUUAUUUAUAAACGAUUAUUGGAACAUGCUACGAGAUUAUCAGGCAAUCAACAGCACAACAACCAUCCUUGAUCUCACUCUCACUUUCCAACCUUUGUCGUUGUUCAAGUUUCAAUUAUAUGCAGCUCAAGGCAUGCGAAAUAAAUGGACAAGUUCAAUGUUUGGCGAAGCACUAUCAGGUGGUGAUGAGCAAGAUGAAGAUCAAGAUUCUUUGAAGGAAACUUUAUUAGAAACGAAUCCUUAUUUACUUGGUAUAACUUUCGUUGUGUCAAUACUUCAUACAGUAUUUGAACUCUUAGCAUUUAAGAAUGAUAUUCAAUUUUGGCGUGACAGAAAAUCACUGGAAGGUUUAAGCGUUCGUUCUGUGUUCUUUGCAGUAUUUCAAUCAUUGAUUGUUUUACUUUAUGUGCUUGAUAAUGAAACGAAUUUUAUGAUUAAAAUGAGUUGUUUCAUUGGACUUGGAAUUGAAGUUUGGAAGAUUCAGAAAGUGGUGAAUGUAACAAUAAAUUACGAGAAUAAAUUGUUUGGAAUCUUGCCACGCAUAUGGUUCACAGACAAGGGAUCAUACAUUGAAUCAAGCACAAGACAAUAUGAUAAUUUAGCGUUCAAAUAUUUAAGUUGGAUUUGUUUCCCACUUCUCAUCAGCUACGGAUGUUAUUCGCUUUUAUAUCAAGAACAUCGUGGCUGGUAUUCAUUCAUUCUCAACAUGCUUUACGGUUUCUUAUUGGCUUUUGGCUUUAUCAUGAUGACACCUCAACUUUUUAUCAACUAUAAACUCAAAUCUGUUGCGCACUUACCGUGGAGAAUGAUGACAUACAAAUUCCUCAACACUUUCAUAGACGACAUAUUUGCAUUUGUUAUUAAAAUGCCAACUUUGUAUCGAUUAGGAGUUUUCCGAGAUGAUAUUGUGUUCUUCAUUUUCUUGUACCAACGCUGGAUUUACAAAGUUGACAUGAAACGUGUCAAUGAAUUUGGCUUCUCAGCGGAGAUGUUAGAAGAAAAAUCUAAGGAAAAUAUCAAAAAUUCUAACGAAACUCAAGCCAUUAAAGCAGAGGAUGAAGCACCAACAACUCCAGCAAACAAAAAAGACGAUUAAUUAGCUUUUAUUUAUUAAUAUUUUUCACUAUAGAUUGCAAAAUUGGAAUUUAAGUAGAAACCUAUUUCCCAAAGAAAAGUCUGAAUGAAAAGCAUUGUUUGUUGUUGAUCAUUUAAUAAAAGGAAAAGUUAUCUAACCAAAGAC